AUGACCGGACUAGAGGCUGCCUUAGCAUCUGGGCUGUUGAAGGUCGCAGGCAGCAAGUUACUUCCACUGAUUGCCGGUGAAUUUGCCUCCAUAAUGGGUGUAACAAAAGACCUCUCCGAGCUCCAGGAUAUACUUGCAGAGAUUACAAGCUGGCUGUUCACAGUUCGUGACAGAAUAGAGAUCUUGAUAGAGGCCGAGAAACACAAGAUGGGCAUCAAUGGUGAUAACUGUUCUAUAGCUGAUUAUUUCUGUGCAAAACCAAAGUCGUUUCUAUUCCAAUACAAGGUGGCCCAUAAGAUCAUGGCAAUUAAACAGAGAUUCUCUGAGAUUGUAAAGCAAAGAAGCGAUGUCAGCACUAUACUGAAUAAUUUCCCUUCUUAUCACCAUGCUCUGAGUAGAAAGAGGACAAAUGGGGAGAUGUCCUUGUUGAGCAAUGUUGAACAAUCGAGAAUACCCACAAGGAAUCUGGAGAAGGAUGGCAUCAUAACAAAGCUUAUAGAAUCUAAUGAAGGAGAGAAUGACUGGAUAGUUUCUAUUGUCGGGUUAGGUGGGUCUGGCAAAACUACGCUGGCCAAACAAAUCUGCCAAGAUGACAAGAUAAAGCAGCACUUCAAAUCUACAAUAUUUUGGGUUCAUGUGUCCGAAGAAUUUGAUGUGGAAGAGCUUAUCGGGAAGCUUUUUGAAACUAUCCUUGAGCAAAAAUCAGAUCUCCAUGCCCAACAGCACAUGGUCCAUGCAAUUUCAAGCAAAUUGAGAGGCAAGAAAUUUCUUCUUGUCAUGGAUGAUGCUUGGCAUGAUGACCAGCUUGACUGGGAACAAUUCAUGGUUCUUGUGAACUGUGGAGCACCUGGAAGCAAGAUUCUGCUAACUACUCGUGAUCAAAAGGAUGCAGAAGCAGCAAAAUCUAGAAAUAUAUUCAACCUGCCUUUCUUAUCAGAGGUCGAGAGUUGGACCUUGUUUCUAGAGAAUUCUGCGUUGGUGGAGGAUGAUUUGGAGUCUGAGUUUAUAGAGGUUGGAAAAGAGAUUGUGAAUAAAUGUGGUGGGGUGCCGCUAGCAAUCAGAACUCUAGGCGGUGUCCUCUAUGACAAGAGGGAAAUAAACACUUGGAGGGCCAUAAGAGAAAGUAACUUAUGGAAUGUUGAUAGUAUAAAAGACAGAGUGUUUGCAUCAUUGAAAUUGAGCUACUUUCACUUGCCAGAUCAUCUGAAGCAGUGCUUUACAUUUUGCUCUAUAUUUCCAAAAGGCUAUGAAAUCACAAAAGGCCACUUGAUUGCCCAAUGGAUAGCCCAUAGAUUCAUUAAUCCAAUGAAUGAAGAGCUGCCAGAAGAUAUUGGAAGUGCUUACUUUGAUUCUCUUACAAAACUCUGCUUUCUUCAAGAUGCACCAAGAAAUAUCUUCACUUGUCAACUAGUAUACAAGAUGCACGACCUGAUUCAUGAUCUCACUCAACAAAUUUUACAGCAUGAAAUGGUGACAUCUCUACAGAAGAAUAUGUCACCAAACUGUAUUCUCAGAUGCCGAUAUUUAUCUUUGACUUCAACUAGCGAGAAGGUUUCCAGUAACCUAUUUGACAAGGCCCAUGCUCUCUAUAUCUCUGGUGGUAACAUAUCUUUUGACAAACCAAUGAAGAAGUGUUGCAACAUCCGUAGUGUUGUUCUGGACUAUACAAGUGAUACACCAUUCCCUCUAUUCAUACUAAAGUUUGAAUUUCUUGGUUACCUAAGGAUAUGUAAUGUUAAUUGCACGGAAUUUCCAGAAGCUAUCUCAAGCUGUUGGAACUUGCAGGCACUUCAUAUUAUGCAGUGCAAAGGCUUUCCAAUGUUACCUGAAUCUAUUGGCAAGCUUAAGAAGCUGAGAACUCUAGAGCUGUUGAUGGUUACUGACAUUAGGAGUCUACCUCAAUCUAUUGGUGAUUGUCAAGAUCUGCGAUCUUUGCAGCUAUAUUCCUGUAACAAACUCAUUGAGAUACCCAGUUCCAUAGGUAAGAUUGAAAAGUUAAGUGUGCUUGGUAUUGUCAAUUGUGUAUGUUUGAACAACCAGCUGCAAAACUUUACUUGGGAGCCUAGAAAUCUGUAUACAAUUAAUUUAUCUGGUUGUCAGAACCUCAGAGAUCUUCCAAGUGCCUUUUCUUGUCGUACAUUGCGAACUAUGGAUCUUUCUCGAACCGACAUCACCUUACUUCCUCAAUGGGUCACAUUAAUUGGUAUUCUGGAAUGCAUAAAGCUUGAAUAUUGCACGAAGUUAGUGGAGUUGCCCAAAGACAUAACAAACUUAAGAAGGCUCGAAGUAUUGUACCUAAAUGGUUGCUCAAAACUCCGUUGCAUGCCAUCAGGGUUUGGCCAGCUGACUCGUUUGAGAUGGCUUGGCCUGUUUGUUGUGGGAUGUGAUGGAGAUGCUGCAAGAAUAUCAGAGCUUGAAAAUCUUGAUAUGAUUAGUGGUUGGCUGAGAAUUUGUAACCUCAAAUAUCUAAAGGAUCUAGGUGAUGCUAAGAAAGCUUGCUUGAAGAAGAAGAAUAACAUACAUUCACUGACAUUGAAUUGGUUUCGAUAUGAAACAGAAGAAGAGUUAGUGUCAGAUAUUGGAGAAGACCUGAGGGUGCUCGACUGUCUUGAACCACCAUCAGGAAUUGAGUUCUUACAAAUUAUUGGUUAUCUGGGUCCCCAUUUGCCAUGUUGGAUGAGGAAGCAAUGUGAUUCUUCUUGUAUGGAAUCCAUUAUGCCAAAUCAAACCAGCUCACCUAAAUUCCUUUGGCUAACUGAACUAUCACUCAAACUGUUGCCUAACUUGAAGUGUCUGCAAGGACUUGUGGAGUUGCCUUCGUUGAAAAACUUAUCGUUGAUCCAAAUGCCUAAUUUGGAAGAGCUGUGGAUUACCAAUGGUUUGGAAAUUGGUGAGCAAAAGGUGGGAGUGCAGUAUUAUUGUUUCCCUGUGCUAACCAAUCUACAUAUAGACCGCUGCCCAAAAUUGUUUGUGAAGCCCUGGUUGCCGCCAUGCUUGGAGGAGUUGACAUUCGAAGAAAGCAAUGAACAGCUGCUGUCUCCAGGUAGUUUGUUCUCUUAUCUGCCAACACCUCCAGUGUCAUCCUCCUGCAGCGUGCUUGUGGCAGUUCCUACUCUCAAGGAGCUGAGGCUACACAGAGUGACGGGCUCAGCACCGGUUUGGCAAAUUUUACAGCACUUCACCUCCCUCCAGCUGCUACACAUCGUGGAAUGUUCCACUCUUUGCAAGCUGCCUGAGGGGAUCCAGCACCUCACCUCCCUUCAACAGCUCGAAUUGGCAGAAUGUGAUGCAUUGACAUUGCUUCCAGAGGGUAUCGGACAAUUGUCUGCACUUCGAUCACUCCGUAUCAGCGAAUGUGCUGCCCUUGAAUUCCUGCCCCAGUCCAUAAAACGUCUUACAGCCCUGCAGAAAUUGUUUGUUUUUGGCUGCCGUGGCUUGGCCAGGCGUUACGAGGAAGGAGUCGGGGAUGACUGGCACCUUAUCUCCCAUAGUCUUCUUGGGCUUAGCUUUAGGCCCAUUAGAAGCCCGUCUCCAAUCUUGGGCCGCGGUGCUUGUGAAGGCUUCUCUCUCUGGCGAAAACAACAAGGUCUUUCUGAUAUUCGUUGUUUUCGUUUCUUAGCUGGUUUAACCAAGGCGAUGGAGACGCCGAUUUCGGGGGAGAAACCCACUCCUGUUGGCGUGGAUCUUGCUCGAGUGGGGUUGCGUGGUCCUCCGAAGGCCCUGCUACAGGUUGUAUUUGGUCCUUCGAGGAUACGCCCCCUGUGGAUGGAGGGACAUCAUAUGUCGGAGGUUCUUGAGGAGCGCACGGUUGAGGAAGUUAUCAAGCGGGACGAGGCUAUCGAAGCCCUUCAGAAGGAGUUGGAUAAGGUUGAAGAUGAAAAGAAAAGGCUUUCUGUAGAAGUGGCCGACCUCCGUGUUGCCCGUCAGACUGCUGAUGAUUUGAAGAUCCAGGUGGGGGCCCUAGAGAAGGAUGUUGCUGGCUUGAAGAAACACUUAGAAGAGGCGCGGGUUGCUGGUGUUGCGACCGCUGAGCUGUAUCAGGUGGCUCUGGCUAGUUUUGGUGGUGCAACUUCACCUUUGCCAGUUGAUGCCUCCGCCUAUGGCAUAUUUGCGUGGUUCAAGGAGAAUGUUUCUAAAUUGCAAGAAUUCGUCGGAGGUGCUAUGACCCUUGGGAGGCUAGGUUGCACACAUUUUGCUUUGCUGAAAGGGCGGAGGGAGUUUGAGGGGCCUUCGGAGUUUGGUGAGACUUCAGGGGAGGUUUCCAAGCCUGUCAGAAAUUUCAUGAAGUAUUUUUGGCUCAAGUUUGGCCAUACUGAUGCUUGCUCCCUAGCGAAGGCUCGCCGUGCCGCGAAGGUUGGGGCUCAACAUGCCACUAAGGGACAGACGUCGAAGGUCAGUGAGACACCAAACCAGAGGUCCCCCACUAUAGCUUCUGAUGCUCAAAAGGCCGGAGAAGCUGCCUCUGAUGCUCAAAAGGCCGGAGAAGAUGCCUCCGCACCUACGGCGCUGGAGGUGUAG